AUCUCUACCUGCAGACAGGUCUCAGCAUGGAGCGCCCCUGCGCUCGCUCAGUGAAGGUGGAAACCCCGUGCGUGUUCAGCCAGGUGUGCGUGAGGGCAGGUGUGGUCUGGGCCCUGACCGAACACAAGGCGCUGUUCUACAGAGAGGGCAUAAGCAGCUUCUGCAGCGAGGGGGAGGGCUGGAAGUGCGACACCGUCAGCGAGGCUCAAGGUCUGGAGCUCAUGUGUGUCGCUCUGGGGGACGGAGGGACGGCGUGGGCGCUGGACGCCAGCGGCAGCCUCUGGUUUCGAACCGGCAUCUGUUUGUCGAGACCACAGGGAUCAGAUGACCACUGGUGGCAGAUCAGCAUCUCCGACUACGUGGUCUUCGAUCAGGGCAGCAUCUUCCAGACUCUGCUGCAGGCCACGCAAAGCGUUGCCACGGUGACCAGGGCCCCGGUGGAGCGGGUGGUGGCCUUCCUGUCCCAGUACUCGCAGUGCCAGCCCAGCCUGGUGAGCGCCAGCGACAGCGGAGUGUGGGUGGCGUCUGGACGGAAUCAGCUGCACGUGGCCCGCGGCAGCCUUGUGGGAACCUUCUGGCAGAAUGUGGUUCCUAGAGGGACCGUGUCGGCGACCCGGUGGACCUUCAUCACAUCCUCAUCAGUGCCUCACAAAGAAGGUAACUCCGCCCUCAGCUGAACCCGAAAGCCUCGGGAACGCCGCCUCAGCUGUCUG